UAUACCAAACAAAUGCAAUAAAGACUUUGACCAUCCAGUAAUCAGUGCACCUAAAAUUAAACAUUAAUUAUAUUAAAAUAUUCAAUUUUUAAGAUGAUUUCCUCAGCAAAAAUUAUGAGUUCACUACAAUCUUCAAUUAAAGCUGCUGGAUUUCGAAGUAUCAGGGCAGCAUCAGACAUGAAGUCGUUGAGUUUUGAAACACUUUCAGUGUCAAGUCCCAAAGAGUAUGUUUAUCAAGUUCAAUUGAAUCGACCGAACAAGUUGAAUGCACUUAACAAUACUAUGUGGGAAGAAAUUGGUAAAUGCUUUCAAGAGCUUGACGGUACGCCAGAGUGUCGUGUUAUCAUAUUAUCAGGAGCCGGGCGAGCAUUUUGUUCAGGAAUUGAUUUACAGGAUGCUAUGAGCAUGGGGUCAAUGUUGGCUGAGCAUGAUGAUGUCGCUAGAAAGGCUAGAGUAUUGGAGCAGAAAAUAAAAAAAUAUCAAGAUUCGUUCUUGUCUAUUGAAAAAUGUCGUAAGCCAGUCAUUGCUGCAGUUCACGGAGCAUGUGUAGGUGGAGGUUUCAACAUGAUUUCUGGAGCUGACAUUCGUUAUUGUUCAUCAAAUGCAUGGUUUUCUUUGAAAGAAGUUGAUCUUGGAAUGGCUGCUGACGUUGGAGCUCUGCAGUGGUUUUCGAAAAUUGUUGGCUCUGAAAGUUUGGCUCGAGAACUGGCGUUCACUGCACGUAAAAUGCUGGCUGAUGAAGCUUUCAAGUGCGGAUUUGUCAGUAGAUUAUUCAACGAUGAUGAAACACUGUUUAAGGAAUCCUUAGCGCUUGCUGAGGAAAUUUCAAAAAAAAGUCCAGUAGCCGUCCAAGCAACUAAAAUGACGAUGGUGUAUUCUCGAGAUCGCCCAACUCAAGAAGGCUUGGAUUAUGUUAGAACGCUCAACCAAACGUUUUUACAAAGUGAAGAUUUUGUAAAUGCUGCAAUAGCACAAGCAACAAAAGGAGAACCGGCAGUGUUCUCCAAAUUAUAAUACUAAAAUUUAAAACUGAAAAUUUAUUAUUUUAAAAUUUUGUUUAUAAUU